AUGUCUGGCUGCUCUGGAAACAGCCGGGCAGUGUCUUCGAGAACUGAGCUAGCCACGGACGUCUGGGCGUUCGUGGGGGUGCGCUUCACACAAGCACCUGUGCGCCGUGUGGAUAGCAGCUUUGUUCAGCAUGGACGAGAGCCGCUCAGCCGGGCCAAGUGUGGUCCCCGGCCUGGCACCCACGGAGUUGCAGGUGGCAAGCGUUCAUCUGUCUUCUGCGUGGCUUGCUGUGUCAGCGGCGCUGCAGUGAGCCAGCGGGCGCCUCUCCUGCAGGGCAGCGCUCUGGCAGCCUUGGGGCGACGUCCAGGAGUGUGCCUGCCGGAGGUGGUGGCAUGUGGCCACGCUGCUUCUGUGGUGUGCGAGGUGUCUGGAGAAGGCCGGGUGCACUGUGCCUCGUCGGCGCUUUUGCCGGACCGCCGCGGCCUUGCGAGUGGCCUGGUCUCACACGCCCGUUCCCAGGCCUCGUCCUGGCCAGCUUCCUGUUGGACCAGAAAGAAAGAACUUUUGGCCACCAAGAAGGACCGCGUGAACCACUGCCUGACCAUAUGUGAGAACAUAGUAGCCCAGUCUCUCAGAAAUUCUCCUGAGUUCCAGAAGCUUCUGGGCAUUGCCAUGGAACUCUUCCUGCUGUGCAGUGACGACGCGGAGUCGGACGUCAGGAUGGUGGCUGACGAGUGCCUCAACAGAGUCAUCAAGGCUCUGAUGGAUUCCAACCUCCCCCGGCUCCAGUUAGAGCUCUAUAAGGAGAUCAAAAAGAACGGCGCGUUCCGGAGCCUGCGUGCUGCCCUCUGGAGGUUUGCCGAGCUGGCUCACCUGGUCCGGCCGCAGAAGUGCAGGCCUUACCUGGUGAACCUUUUGCCAUGUCUGACGCGGACCAGCAGGAGGCCGGAGGAGCCUGUCCAGGAGACCUUGGCUGCUGCGGUCCCCAAGAUCAUGGCUGCUUUCGGCAACUUUGCCAAUGACAAUGAGAUCAAGGUUCUGCUGAAGGCGUUCAUAGCGAACCUGAAGUCGAGCUCCCCGACCAUUCGGCGGACGGCGGCCAGCUCAGCGGUCAGCACCUGUCAGCACUCGAGAAGGACGCAGUACUUUUACAGCUGGCUGCUGAGCGUGCUCCUGGGUCUGCUAGUCCCCGUUGAGGAUGAACACUCCACGCUGCUGAUUCUUGGGGUGCUCCUCACAUUGAGGUACCUGGUGCCCUUGCUCCAGCAGCAGGUCAAGGACACGAGCCUGAAGGGCAGCUUUGGGGUGACACGGAAGGAAAUGGAAGUCUCCCCCUCAACAGAGCAGCUUGUCCAGGUUUAUGAGUUGGCCCUGCGCUGCACUCAGCACCAGGACCACAACGUGGCGACUGGGGCCCUGGAGCUCCUGCAGCAGCUUCUCCGCACGCCUCCGCCCGACCUGCUGCAGGCCCUGACCUCGGCCGGAGGCAUCGCGCAGCUGGCGGCUGCCGAGGAGGAACCGAGGGCCCGGAGCCGUAGUGGGAGCAUCGUGGAGCUUCUAGGAGUUUUGUCGGCUGUCCGUCUGGAAAGGGCUCGUCGCCGUUUUGCGGGCAUCCUUAGUCUUGUAGGAGCCAAGGUGUGCCGCGACGUUAGCCAGGCCACAGCCUUUCUGCGGCAGCCGCUGCCUUCGGUGAGCGCUGCCUGUCUGCCACGCCGCUGUCCCUUAGACCGCGUGGGCGUGGCGGGGGUGCUGCAGCUGGGGUUGACUGGGUCCUACCCGAAGGGCAUUUUGAAGACUAAAACCUCAGUCAAGGGUGAGAUGGCCGGGGAGCUGGCCACCGCUUCUGGGGUCUCCACUCCCGGCUCCACCAGCUCAGCUGCGGACCCCACGGGGCAUGACAUCAUCACCGAACAGCCCCGGUCGCAGCACACGCUACAGCCGGACGCAGUGGAUCUGAGUGGCUGCGACCUGACGAGCGCGGCCCCGGACGGCGACGAGGAGGACUUCCUGAGCUCCAGCCCGGUCAGCGCCGUCCCGUCCGAUCCCGCCGUGGACCCGAGCGAUGGCACCCAGGCCUCCUCGCCCAUCAGCGACAGCUCCCAGACCACCACGGAAGGGCCCGAUUCGGCCGUGACCCCGUCCGACGGCUCUGAAAUUGUGCUGGACGGCGCUGACGGUCAGUUUUCGGGGCUCGGACAGCCACAGGACGAUGAUGACGAGGAGGCAGCUGCGGCGGGCGCCCACGCAGACGCGGCUGUCGGGGGCUCGUCCGUGGCCCUCCAGCAGGUGCGCUUGGUGGAGAGUGCCGGCCACAGCAGGCAGGCCUCUGACAGCAGCAUGGACAAGUUUGUCUCCAGAGAGGAAGCUGCUGAGCCAGGCGACCCGGAGAGCAAGCGUCGCCGGAUCAAAGGAGACAUAGGACAGGCGUCCGAUGCCGAUGCUGCUCCUCUCGUCCACUGUGUCCGCCUUUUAUCUGCUUCCUUCUUGCUCACGGGAGAGAGGAACGCGCUGGUUCCGGACAGGGAGGUGCGGGUCAGCGCGAAGGCCCUGGCGCUCAGCUGCGUGGGCGCGGCCGUCGCCCUGCAUCCCGAGUCUUUCUUCAGCACACUUCACAGAGCUCCCCUCGACACCGCCGACUUCCCCGAGGAGCAGUACGUCUCAGACGUCCUGAACUACAUCGACCACGGGGACCCGCAGGUCCGAGGUGCCACGGCCAUUCUCUGCGGCACGCUGGUCCACUCCAUCCUCAGCAAGUCCCGUUUCCAGGUGGCAGACUGGAUGGGCCCCGUCAGGACUCGGACAGGCAGUGCGUUUUCCCUGGCGGAUUGCGUCCCUUUGCUGCAGAGGAGUUUGAAGGACGAGUCUUCUGUCACUUGCAAAUUGGCUUGCACCGCCGUGAGGCACUGCGUCACGAGUCUCUGCAGCAGCAGCUACAGCGAGUUGGGCGUCCAGCUGAUCACCGACGUGCUGGCCCUCAGGAACAGCUCCUACUGGCUGGUGAGGACAGAGCUGCUGGAGACCCUGGCGGAGAUCGACUUCAGGUUGGUGAGCUUUCUGGAGGCCAGAGCCGAGAGUUCGCACAGAGGAGCGCGCCAGCACACCGGGCUUCUGAAGCUGCAAGAGCGCGUGCUGAGUGAUGUCGUCAUCUACCUGCUUGGGGACGAAGACCCCAGGGUGCGCCACGUUGCCGCCGCGUCCUUGGCCAGGCUUGUCCCAAAGCUGUUUUACAAAUGUGACCAAGGACAAGCUGACCCCGUGGUGGCCGUGGCGCGAGAUCAGAGCAGCGUGUACCUGAAGCUCCUCAUGCACGAGACGCCGCCCCCCUCGCACUUCUCCGUCAGCACCAUCACCAGACGCUUCCUGAGCCCAGAGUCAGAUCUGGCCCUGGCCUCAGCUAGUGAGAACGUCGUGCUGGAAGAAAGUCGGUGUGAACAGCUGAGUGCGAAGGGCCGGCCCCGUGCUCAGACGGGAGCCGAGACUGCUUGCUUUACUCCUGUCUGCAACCUGGCCUUGUGCACCUGUCCCAGGGCGCCCCCACUCAGUGCCUCGGAUGCGUCCAGAAAGAGCUGCACCGUCGGGAUGGCCACCGUGGUCCUCACCCUGCUCUCGUCCGCCUGGUUCCCGCUGGACCUCUCGGCCCACCAAGACGCGCUCAUUUUAGCUGGAAACUUGCUCGCAGCCAGCGCGCCCCGGUCGCUGCGGAGCUCCUGGGCCUCCGACGACGAGGGCAGCCCAGCGGCCGCCAAGCAGGAGGAGGUGUGGCCGGCCCUGGGCGACCGCAGCCUGGUGCCCAUGGUGGAGCAGCUCUUCUCCCACCUGCUGAAGGUGAUCAACAUCUGCGCACACGUCCUGGACGACGUGACCCCCGGCCCGGCCGUCAAGCACAGGCCCAGCGCUCUGCGUCACGGUGAGGUCCGACUCUUCACCGACCCGCUCUUUCUGCUUGGCGGCUUUGCCAGGCCCUGCGGCAGCAUCGAAUCUGCGGCCCGGGACCCCUUCUCAGUCUGCGAGAGGGCGCUGCACAGCGCCAGCAAAUGCCGUGAGUCCAGAUCGGCAAGGCCGUUCCAUUCAGCGUGUGUUCUCUCCCACCCCAAGGUCACGUUGGAUCUUCAGAACAGCGCGGAGAAAUUUGGGGGCUUCCUGCGCUCGGCCCUGGACGUGCUCUCUCAGAUCCUCGAGCUGGCCACCCUCCAGGACAUCGGGAAGUGCGUCGAGGAGAUCCUUGGUUACCUGAGGUCUUGUUUCAGUCGGGAGCCCAUGAUGGCGACAGUCUGUGUCCAGCAGCUGCUGAAGACUCUCUUUGGGACAAACCUGGCCUCCCAGUUCGACGGCUUAUCCUCCAACCCCGGCAAGUCGCAAGGCCGUGCACAGCGCCUUGGCUCCUCCAGCGCGCGGCCGGGCUUGUACCACUGCUGCUUCAUGGCCCCCUACACCCACUUCACCCAGGCCUUAGCGGACGCCAGCCUGAGGAACAUGGUGCAGGCGGACCAGGACCGCGACCCCUCGGGGUGGUUUGAUGUCCUCCAGAAGGUGUCUACCCAGCUGAAGACAAACCUCUCCAGCGUCGCCAAGAACCGGGCCGAUAAGAACGCGAUUCAUAACCACAUCCGCCUGUUUGAGCCGCUCGUCAUAAAGGCGCUGAAGCAGUACACGACCACCACGUCUGUGCAGCUGCAGAAGCAGGUGCUGGACCUGCUGGCACAGCUGGUCCAGCUGCGGGUUAACUACUGUCUGCUGGACUCGGAUCAGGUGUUCAUCGGGUUCGUGCUGAAGCAGUUUGAGUACAUCGAAGUGGGCCAGUUCAGUGCCUCGUCGGAGUUGGCCAUCCCGGCUCUGCGACCCAUCGUGCACGACCUCUUCGUGCUGCGGGGCGCCAACAAGGCGGACGCGGGCAAGGAGCUCGAGACCCAGAAAGAGGUGGUGGUGUCCAUGCUGCUGCGCCUCGUCCAGUACCACCAGGUGGUAGAGAUGUUCAUCCUGGUCCUGCAGCAGUGCCACAAGGAGAACGAGGACAAGUGGAAGCGGCUGUCGCGGCAAAUCGCCGACGUCAUCCUGCCCAUGCUGGCCAGGCAGCAGAUGCACAUCGACUCGCACGACGCCCUGGGAGUGCUGAACACCUUAUUUGAGAUGUUGGCCCCUUCCUCCCUGCGUCCCGUGGACAUGCUUCUGCGGAGUAUGUUCGUCACUCCGGACACGAUGGCGUCUGUGAGCACCGUGCAGCUGUGGAUAUCGGGCAUCCUUGCCAUCUUGAGGGUCCUCAUUUCCCAGUCGACCGAAGACAUCGUUCUCUCUCGAAUCCAGGAGCUCGCUCUCUCUCCGUAUUUGAUCUCCUGUCCAGUGAUAAAUAGGUUAAGAGAAGGGCACGGCGACCCCGUACCUGAGGAACACGGUGACGAGAGGCCAGUGAAGAAUUCACCAGAAGAAACGUUUUCAAGGUUUCUGCUGCAGCUGGUUGGCAUUCUCCUAGAGGACAUUGUCACGAAGCAGGUGAAGGUGGAAGUGAGCGAGCAGCAGCACACCUUCUACUGCCAGGAGCUGGGCACGCUGCUCAUGUGUCUGGUCCACAUCUUCAAGUCAGGAAUGUUCCGCAGAAUCACAGCGGCUGCCACGAGGCUGUUCGCGGCCGAAGGCGCCGACAGCAGCUUCUACGGCCUGGAGAGCCUGAACGCGCGGGUGCGCUCCAUGGCCCCCACGCACCCCGCCCUGGUGCUGCUCUGGUGCCAGAUCCUGCUGCUCGUCAGCCACACGGACCACCGCUGGUGGGCAGAGGUGCAGCAGACCCCCAAAAGGCGCAGUCUGUCCAGCACGAAGUCACUGAGUCCCCAGCUGUCUGGAGAGCAGGAGGACGCCGACCUGGCCUCCACCCUUGGGAUGUGCAACAGGGAGAUCGUGCGGCGGGGGGCGCUCAUUCUCUUCUGUGACUACGUGUGCCAGAACCUGCACGAUUCCGAGCACUUGACGUGGCUCAUCGUGAACCACAUCCAAGACCUGAUCAGCCUGUCCCCCGAGCCGCCGGUGCAGGACUUCAUCAGCGCCGUGCACCGCAACCCCGCCGCCAGCGGCCUCUUCAUCCAGGCCAUUCAGUCUCGCUGCGAGAACCUCUCGGCUCCCACCAUCCUGAAGAAGACCCUGCAGUGCCUGGAAGGCAUCCACCUCAGCCAGUCAGGGGCCGUGCUGACGCUCUACGUGGACAAGCUGUUGUGCACCCCCUUCCGAGUGUUGGCCCGCAUGGUGGACACCCUGGCCUGCCGCCGGGUAGAGAUGCUUCUGGCUGCAAAUCUGCAGAGCAGCACGGCGCAGCUGCCGCUGGAAGAGCUGAACCGGAUCCAGGAGCACCUGCAGAGCAGCGGGCUUGCCCAGAGACACCAGAGGCUCUACUCCCUGCUGGACAGGCUUCGCCUUGCCGCCGCCCCGGGGUCUCGCGGCCCCCUUCCUCCGCUCACGUCCCACCCGCUGGACGGGGAUGGGCCCCUGGCGCUGGAGACUGUGACUCCGGACAAAGACUGGUACUUACGUCUGGUCAGAUCGCAGUGCUGGACCAGGUCUGACUCUGCGCUGCUGGAAGGCGCCGAGCUGCUGAGCCGCCUGCCCCCCGGGGACAUGCGUGCGUUCAUGCUGGACUCGGAGUUCAACCUCAGCCUGUUGACGCCGUGCCUGGGACUGGGCCUGCGGGAAACUUCUGGCGGCCAGAAGAGCCCCCUCUUCGAGGCAGCGCGCCUGGUGACCCUGGAGCGAGUGAGCGGCGUGGUGCAGCAGCUCCCCGCCGCCCACCAGGUUUACCAGCCCGGCCUGGCUGCAGAGCCCACCGCCUACUGGAGCAAGCUGAGCCAUCUGUUUGGAGAUGCCGUGCUGUAUCGGACCCUGACCACGCUGGCCCGGGCCCUGGCCCAGUACCUGCUGGCCUUCUCCAAAGUGCCCAGCCACUUGCACCUUCCUCCUGACAAGGAAAGGGACACGGUGCAGUUUGUGGUCAUGACCCUGGAGGCGCUGGCGUGGCGCCUGGCCCACGAGCAGAUCCCUCUGAGCCUGGACCUGCAGGCGGGCCUGGACUGCUGCUGCCUGGCCCUGCAGCUGCCCGGCCUCUGGGCCGCGCUGUCCUCCCCGGCGCUGGUGACGCAGGCCUGCUCCCUCAUCCACUGCGUCCGCUUCCUCCUGGAGGCCCUUGUGGUGCAGCCUGGGGACCAACUGCUCAGUCCGGAGAGAAGGACGGACACCCCGGAGGCUUCCAGAGAGAACAGAGCUGAUGCAGACACGCGGAGUGAGUCCCGGCUUUCCCCCUCCUCCCUCCAGGGCGGUGGCGAGGCAGCUUGGAGGGAGGCCGUGGGCUGCGACUGGCCCGGGGCCUUGGCCCGGGGCCCGCUGCUGUCAAGCCUUCUCGCGGGCCACGAGGGGAGCAGCACCCACAGUCCCCGGGCCCCCCGCCGCUCUCGGGGGCUUGUUGAGAAGCGCCUUUUUCACAACAAGCACACGGAUGCUUUGGGGCCUCUGGGCCGGCUCCCCCGCACCUUGGUUAAGGCUGGAGUUCUCCCGUCCCCAGAGGACACGGAGAGGACGCAGAUCAACGUCCUGGCCGUGCAGGCCAUCACCUCUCUGGUGCUGAGCGCCAUGACUGUGCCUGUGGCCGGCAACCCUGCUGUCAGCUGCCUGGAGCAGCAGCCUCGGAACAAGCCUCUGAAAGCGCUGGACACCAGGUUCGGGAGGAAGCUGAGCGUCAUCAGAGGAAUCGUGGAGCAGGAAAUCCAAGCCAUGGUUUCAAAGAGAGAGAACAUCGCCUCCCACCACCCUUACCAGGCGUGGGACCCCAUCCCCUCGCUGUCUCCGGCCACUACAGGCGCCCUCAUCAGCCACGACAGGCUGCUGCUGCAGGUCAACCCCGAGCGGGAGCUGGGCGACAUGAGCUACCAGCUAGGCCAGGUGUCCAUCCACUCCGUGUGGCUGGGGAACAGCAUCACACCCCUGCGAGAGGAGGAAUGGGACGAGGAGGAGGAGGAGGAGGCUGACGCGCCCGCGCCGACGUCCCCGCCCACGUCGCCCGUGAACUCCAGGAAGCACCGGGCCGGCGUCGACAUCCACUCCUGUUCGCAGUUUCUGCUGGAGCUGUACAGCCGCUGGGUCCUGCCGUCGGGCUCGGCCCGGAGGAUGCCCGUCAUCCUGAUCAGCGAGGUCGUGCGCUCGCUCCUCGUGGUCUCAGACCUGUUCACUGAGCGCAGCCAGUUUGAGAUGAUGUACCUCACGCUGACGGAGCUGCGGCGGGUGCACCCCUCGGAGGACGAGAUCCUCCUGCAGUACCUGGUGCCCGCCACCUGCAAGGCCGCCGCCGUCCUCGGAAUGGACAAGGCUGUGGCCGAGCCGGUCAGCCGGUUGCUGGAAAGCACGCUGCGGAGCAGCCACCUGCCCAGCAAGGUCGGGGCGCUGCACGGCGCCCUGUACGUGCUCGAGUGUGACCUGCUGGACGACACGGCCAAGCAGCUCAUCCCGGCGCUCAGCGACCAUCUCCUGUCCAGUCUCAGAGGGAUGGCCCACUGCGUGAACAGCCACAGCCAGCAGCACGUGCUAGUGAUGUGCGCCACUGCCUUCUACCUGAUCGAGAACUACCCCCUGGACGUGGGGCCGGAGUUCUCGGCAGCGGUCAUCCAGAUGUGCGGCGUGAUGCUGUCCGGCAGCGAGGAGGCCACACCCUCCACCGUCUACCACUGCGUCCUGAGGGGCCUCGAGCGCCUCCUGCUGUCCGAGCAGCUGCCCCGGCUGGACGCAGAGUCGCUGGUCAAGCUGAGUGUGGACCGGGUGAACGUGCACAGCCCGCACCGCUCCAUGGCGGCCCUGGGGCUGAUGCUCACCUGCAUGUACACAGGAAAGGAGAAAGUCAGCCCGGGCAGAGCCUCGGACCCCAGCCCCACCGCCCCCGACAGCGAGUCGGUGAUCGUGGCCAUGGAGCGCGUGUCCGUGCUCUUCGACAGGAUCCGGAAGGGGUUUCCCUGUGAAGCCAGAGUGGUGGCGCGGAUCCUCCCCCAGUUCUUAGACGACUUCUUCCCGCCCCAGGACGUCAUGAACAAAGUCAUCGGGGAGUUUCUGUCCAACCAGCAGCCGUACCCGCAGUUCAUGGCCACUGUCGUGUACCAGGUUUUCCAGACCCUGCACAGCACGGGGCAGUCGUCCAUGGUCCGGGACUGGGUCAUGCUGUCCCUCUCCAACUUCACGCAGAGGACCCCCGUGGCCAUGGCCGUGUGGAGCCUGUCCUGCUUCUUCGUCAGCGCGUCCACCAGCCCGUGGGUGUCGGCCAUCCUCCCCCACGUCGUCAGCAGGAUGGGCAGGCUGGAGCUCGUGGACGUUAACCUCUUCUGCCUGGUCGCCACGGACUUUUACAGACACCAGAUAGAGGAGGAGCUGGACCGCCGGGCCUUUCAGUCCGUGUUUGAGGUGGUCGCGGCACCAGGAAACCCGUAUCACCGACUGCUGACUUGUUUGCGGAAUGUCCACAAGGUCACCACAUGCUGAGUGGCCUCACGGGGCAGCUGGGAGCCGCGGGCUUCCGCGGGGGCGCCAGGGCAGGCGGCGGCGUCCGCCUCUGCAGGUGCCGCGCCCCUGGCCGUGCGGCUGUGUGCGCGCGGGGCGUAUCAGUAACGCCGAGGGCCGAGCCGGGUCCUCCCGCGGAGCUUGUGCUGGAGGCCAGGCGUCGCUGUCCCGGCGUCCAGCCUGGCCCGGGGCACGCUGCUCAGUGGCGGGGAUGCGAGCCCUCUGCUUCGGGCUGGCUGCCAGCCUCGUGCUUCCCCGGCAGAGGCCCCGGGGGCGCUGGUCUGUGCUCCCCCACCCCCGAAAGGUGCAGGAAGCCAGGGCCGGGCCACGCCGGGCAGGGGGGCGUGUCUCUGGGGUGUGGGUGGGGGCUGGUGGCCAGCUGCCCAGCGCGUCCUCCCUUCUCUGUUUUCUUCUCAGGAUUUCAAAUUUAAUUCUAUCAGUAAAGAGAUUAAUUUUAAGGUAA